AUGAGCUUCUUCUCAUUUAACGACAUCCCCACUAUCAAAACGCGCAAGGCCCUCUUGUUGCUCGACUUCCAAAAUGACUUCGUUCGCCCGUCCGGAGCCCUCCACACCCCCAAUACCGCCGAGAUCCUUGAGUCGUUACCUCCCCUCGCAGCCGCAUUCCGCAAAGUUGGCGAUGUAAUUUGGGUUCGUUCACAAUAUGAGUCCCCCCAGUCUAUCGCGGACUGGAAUUUCGGUGAUCGCAUCGUCUUGGCAAAAGAGCCGCCCAAGAAACAUUCUUUACCCAAGUCCGAGGUAAUCGAAGUUGGCUCCGAUCGCGAUUCUCCAGAGCCCGUUGAUGCCGAGGCCUUUUUAUCAUCUCAAUCACCUAUCUGCUGUGCCGCACAAACCGCUGGUUUUCAGUUUCCCGCGCCCGUACUUGCGGCAAUCAACCCCGCUCAUGAUACCGUGUUGGACAAGACUGGGUACUCUGCUUUGGAGUCGAAUGACCUCGUUCUCUCAUUUCGGACUCGAUUUGUAACCGAAGUUUAUCUUUGUGGUUCCUUAUCAAACGUCUCGGUAUACGCCACUGCCCUAGACGCCGUACGCAAUGGCUUUUCGGUCACUCUGAUUGAAGAUUGUCUGGGAUUCCGCGAUUUCGGGCGUCAUCGGGAAGCAAUGCGCCGCAUGGCAGACAUUCUUGGCGCAACUGGCUUAACCGCCGAGGAGCUCUGCCAGGAGUUAGACUGGGAGGAGACAGAUGCUAUUGCUCGGGGCACACCACAAACCAAACGACCCGCUGGUGCAUCGCUUGGCCUUGAAAGUGUUUUGGAUACUUUGAUGGUUGAAGCGGAUGGACCAGAAGAAUCACGAGAGGAAGAUCCAGAAGAGACAUUGAGUUUAGCGGGUAUCGCCUCUCUCACCCGGCUGCAUCGGAGCGCCGCAGGUGCUGGGCGGCAUCCCGCCGAGGGAAAGAAGCAAGUACGCUCCCGAGUUCGCCGAACCAAGCGACCUCCGCCCCCGGAUGCUUUAGACGGAGCAAGCGAUGCCAUCAAACGGCCGUCUACAAAUACAGCACGCAAAAUUGAUGAACCUGCUAUUGGCGAGGGUGAUUCGCGUCUUGUCCCGGAACUUGAUAUUCCCGGAGAUGUCUUUGAACGCAUUCGAAGCGAGGUAUCUUGGCAGAAAAUGUAUCAUCUAUCUGGCCAGGUGCCCCGACUAGUCGCGGUCCAGGGCCAAAUUGAGACCAACUCGGCCAUUCCAAUCUAUCGACACCCUGCCGACGAGUCACCACCCUUGAAGCCAUUCACAUCUGCUGUUGACGAAGUUCGCAUUGUAGUCGAGCAGAUUUUAGGCCACCCACUGAAUCAUUGUUUGAUCCAACUUUACCGAGAUGGACAGGAUCAUAUCUCCGAGCACUCCGACAAGACAUUAGACAUCGUCCGAGGCUCUUCUAUCUGCAAUGUCAGUUUGGGGGCCCAACGAGUCAUGGUUCUUCGCACCAAAACCUCCUCGGAACAGAAAGAUGAAACCGAAUCAGGCCGAACCACACAACGUGUGACACUUCCGCAUCGGUCCCUCUUUAUCCUUGGCCAGAAAACCAAUAUGCGCUGGUUGCAUGGAAUUCGGCCGGAUAAACGCUCAGAGAGCGCCAAAUCUACAGAAGAACGAGCUUACGGUGGAGAGCGCAUCUCAUUGACUUUCCGACAAAUCGGUACAUACCUUCAUCCAACUGCCGGUUUGAUCUGGGGCCAGGGCGCCGUGGCGAAAUUAGAGGAUCAAGCUCGACCCGCUGUCCAUGGGAACCCCGAAGAGACAGACCGAAUGAUACGUGCUUUUAGCCAGGAAAAUCGCUUGUCAGAGUUCGAUUGGAGAGCCGUUUAUGGUGGUGGCUUUGAUGUGGUCAAUUUUGUGACUGCGUCGCCUGCGAAACUGACACUAUGUGCAGAUUCAAUGGCAAACCUACGAGUGUGCCUUGGCCUGAGAGAAAAUGGCCUUCGAUACGAGAUUAACACCAAACCAGAAAUGGAAACCAAUGAGAACCCAUCCAGACUUCCUACUUAUGUUGAUUCCCAGGGAACAACUGUCACUGGUGAUUUGGCUAUCUUGAGACAUCUUGCUUCUCGACCCACCGAAAGUUCGCGACCUGGAGUCGAUAUCUUAAGGGGUGGGAGCCAUCUUGCGCGGAUAGAAGAUUUGCAGCUAGAAUGGCGUGAACAUUAUGCAAGCAAGCCCAUGGAAGAGUUCACCGGUGGUCUUCGACAUUGGGAGCGUGCGCUAGAGGGGCAGCAUUAUUUGGGAGGCACGGUGUUUGGCAUCGACGAUUGUGGACUUUGGCCGAUCUUAUGGGAGAUAGUUCACACUCAAGGCUCUUUAGAUGCUCGAUUUGCCAACUUGACCCAAUACUAUUACCGGGUUGAGAAACGGGGCAUUGUUCGAAGCAUCUUGGAGUCCCGAUAA